AUGGCUAUGAGAAACGAUAUCAAUGAGGCUACAUUGGUGCUUGCUAUGCUCAAAGAUACAGCACUUUUGCGUUCUAUUGGCAUUAUAGAUGACAUUCAAAGUUACACCGAAUCAGACAGCUGUGCAAGUGAUAUCGAAGAGUUGGAGUGCAGAGAAGAAGAAGGUUCUUGCGAUCAAGUUUGUUCCAACGAUUUAUCGAGUGAGAACGACAACAUAAUAAAUGGAGGCACAUUGUCCCCAAAAGCUUUACAACUUGAUCCACAAUCAAAAUAGAGUACUAUAUCACUGGCUGCUAGACCGUCCAACGAAACUUUAUUAUCUUGGUUGCUUGAUAACAAGUUGAACUGGUUCUGUUUUUAUAAUGACCUUGAACACUUACAAAACUACUGUACGGAGGAUCUAAAUCAAAUUAUGCUGGAUUUUUCAGAGUAUUUGCGGUACUCCGAUUUGACCGACGAACAGAAAACAUUAGUUGAAGUCUCUCGCCGAGUCAGACGGCGAAACUCAAGAGUCAUUUAGGUAUGAUAGUCGUCUACUUUUAACAGAAAGAAAAAACCCAGCAAAUUCAGGCAGUAAGACGGGCUAUCGGACAAAAAGCAAAGAGAAUUGCAGCGAAGAAAAAAGCUACUGGAAGUUUGUUAAAGAGAAAAAUACCCAAGAGAGUAAGUCGCGUUAUUCAAGAGCAUCCAAAUAUAGGUAAAGACAUCGAAGAAUUUGUAAAGUCAAAGAGAGUUGGAGCGGAUACUUGGAGGAGAACGGGGGUGUUCACUUUCGAUGGUUCACAUACAAAAGGGAAAAAG